AUGGCCGAGCCCCCGGCGGCGCUGGCCCCCGAGGGCGAGGAGGGCCCCGUGCGCUUCGCCCGCAAGGGCGCCCUGCGGCAGAAGAACGUGCACGAGGUGAAGAACCACAAGUUCACGGCGCGCUUCUUCAAGCAGCCCACCUUCUGCAGCCACUGCACCGACUUCAUCUGGGGCUUCGGCAAGCAGGGCUUCCAGUGCCAAGUGUGCUGCUUCGUGGUGCACAAGCGCUGCCAUGAGUUCGUCACCUUCUCCUGCCCCGGGGCCGACAAGGGCCCCGCGUCCGACGACCCUCGGAGCAAGCACAAGUUUAAAAUCCACACGUAUUCCAGCCCCACCUUCUGUGACCACUGCGGGUCGUUGCUGUACGGGCUCAUCCACCAGGGCAUGAAGUGUGACACCUGCAUGAUGAACGUGCACAAGCGCUGCGUGAUGAACGUGCCCAGCCUGUGCGGGACCGACCACACCGAGCGGCGCGGGCGGAUAUUCAUCCGGGCUGACAUCGAGAAGGACGUGCUGACCGUUGUAGUAAGAGAUGCUAAAAACCUAGUCCCUAUGGAUCCCAAUGGCUUGUCAGACCCCUACGUGAAGCUUAAACUAAUCCCCGACCCCAAAAACGAAAGCAAACAGAAGACCAAAACUAUCAAGUGCUCCCUGAACCCAGAGUGGAACGAGACAUUUAAGUUCCAGCUGAAGGAGGCGGACAAGGACCGGCGGCUCUCGGUGGAGAUCUGGGACUGGGACCUCACCAGCAGGAACGACUUCAUGGGCUCGCUCUCCUUCGGCAUCUCCGAGCUGCAGAAGGCCGGCGUGGACGGCUGGUUUAAGCUGCUGAGCCAGGAGGAAGGGGAGUAUUUCAACGUGCCGGUGCCCCCGGAGGGAGAAGAAGGAAAUGAGGAGCUGAGGCAGAAAUUUGAGAGAGCCAAGAUCGGUCCUGGCUCCAAGGCGGCUGAGGAGAAGAUGAUGAAUGCGAUUUCCAAAUUCGACAACAACGGAAGCAGAGACCGGAUGAAACUUUCGGAUUUCAACUUCCUGAUGGUGCUGGGAAAAGGCAGCUUUGGAAAGGUGAUGCUCGCGGAGCGCAAGGGCACGGACGAGCUCUACGCCGUGAAGAUCCUGAAGAAGGACGUGGUCAUCCAGGACGACGACGUGGAGUGCACGAUGGUGGAGAAGCGAGUCCUGGCCCUCUCGGGGAAGCCGCCCUUCCUGACGCAGCUGCACUCCUGCUUCCAGACCAUGGAUCGCUUGUACUUCGUGAUGGAGUACGUGAACGGCGGCGACCUCAUGUACCAGAUCCAGCAGGUCGGGCGCUUCAAGGAGCCGCACGCCGUGUUCUAUGCAGCAGAAAUUGCCAUUGGCCUCUUCUUCCUGCAAAGCAAAGGCAUCAUUUACCGAGACCUGAAGCUGGACAACGUGAUGCUGGACAGCGAAGGGCACAUAAAGAUCGCCGACUUCGGCAUGUGCAAGGAGAACAUCUGGGACGGGGUGACCACCAAGACCUUCUGCGGCACCCCCGACUACAUUGCGCCCGAGAUAAUCGCUUACCAGCCCUACGGGAAGUCUGUGGACUGGUGGGCGUUCGGCGUGCUGCUCUACGAAAUGCUGGCUGGCCAGGCGCCCUUCGAGGGUGAGGACGAGGACGAGCUCUUCCAGUCCAUCAUGGAGCACAACGUGGCCUACCCCAAGUCCAUGUCCAAGGAGGCAGUGGCCAUCUGCAAAGGGCUGAUGACCAAGCACCCGGCCAAGCGGCUGGGCUGCGGCCCGGAGGGCGAGCGGGACAUCAAGGAGCACGCGUUCUUCCGCUACAUCGACUGGGACAAGCUGGAGCGCAAGGAGAUCCAGCCGCCCUUCAAGCCCAAGGCGUGUGGACGCAAUGCUGAAAACUUCGACCGGUUUUUCACCCGCCAUCCACCCGUCUUAACACCUCCCGACCAGGAAGUCAUCAGGAACAUUGACCAGGCAGAAUUCGAAGGAUUUUCCUUUGUUAACUCUGAGUUUUUUAAGCCUGAAGCCAAGAGCUAAGUAGCUGUGUAGAUCUCAUCCCUGCAUCUUUACCAUCCGGUCCCAGCUGCUGUCGUGGUGACAUUUUCCAUUGCAAAGUCGCAUUCAUGGUUUUUCUUUAGUCAUGAUGCUAGAGUGACCAUAUUUCAAAGCCAGGAGUGUCUUCACACGAUUCGGGGCAUGCCUGAAUGGUAGGUGCUGUGCAGUAAGUACCGCAAAUACGUUUUUAUCGAAUUUUAUUUGUAAGCAACGAGCAGAAUUCACCGUGUAGCAGAGGUGACCACGGGCUGUGCCCAGCAGCGCCCGGGCCCGGCGAUUAGGAGCAGUCUCUGCAGCCCGUGCCCCGAUUCCCGCUCCUUCCCGGUAUUUCCACGUAAUCUCGAGCAUUUCAUCCGCAGCCUUCUUAGCGUUAGUGGCGAGCGAGGGAUUUUGUGGAGCCUUUCCCGCCGUGCCAGCGCGCGCUGCGAGCUCCCGGCCGGGACGCAGCCCCCUUGCUCCGUGCCGUGGAGAUCCAUCCCCGCUCCGCUCUCCGCGCUGUGAGCCGAGGCCGGCGCCCUUUCCCUGGAUUUCUCCUCGUUGUGCAGUUUCUGAGUAGCGCUCUUAUCGAAAGACAUGGAUCCGGUGCAAAGCAGGGAAUUUGACAGAACUGUUGUGAACGCUUUCAAGUCCAUGGUCACCCUAGUAAACAUCACGUAACAUGGUUCUUCAUAUCGAAACGGUUUCUUUUUCUAAUUGCCAAAGCAGCUGAGUUUGUUACUUGCGCUUUAAAUGUGUCAAAAAUGAUAUUAACACAAAUGAGAUGCUAUUUAACAUUGAACAGUAUUGUGAAUUCUGAUAUGGAGCUUGUAAAGAAAUCUGUUUUAACUAAUAUUCCUACUUAAAAAAACAUUGCCGCUAGAUAUUUAAAUUGCCUAAGUUUGGUUCCUGGCAUCAAAGCAGGCUUCAGGAAGGAUGAAGUUCUCUUGAAACGGUAACAACCCCAUAGCUUCCUUUUAUACCGCUCUGCAGAUGUUCGUGGGCUGUCACUUGUAUCAAGCUGCUCCAAGCUGUAACGUGCCAAUUCUUUUUUUUUUCCAAUAC